GCCACUUAUGACUCAUAAAUCUGUUGUAUUUUUUUUUAAAGAAAGUUCUUAGUGAAGUAUUAUUGUUUGAUCUAUGUAAUGCAAAUUUAUGAAUUGUUGGUCAUUAGUUAUAUUAUGGGCAAUCGUUUUAUUUUGUUCAAUUUUAAGCAAAGUAGUUAUUGUCAAUCCAUCUUUUCUUAAACAUAAUACAAUAGGUAUGGAAUGGCAAGAUAUACACUUCCUAUUCAUUAUACGCAUUAUUUUACCUUGGCUAGUGUACGUCAAGGAAAAUUGGAAAUCACCUUAAAUUGUGUAGGUGCAAAAACCCAUGUUCAAGUCUUUAUAAAUUUGCCUAUAUUUUGUUUAGCAAUGUGGAUAAUAUGUCGAAAUUGACAAUUAAUCUAAAAUAUAGGUCAUACUAUGGACCUCAACCUUAAUGCGCUUCGUAGGCCUGACCCGGGGCCCAGAGAUGGGUCGAUUCUAUGUUUACAACAUCAGCACCGCUCUCGAGAAGUCUGGGAAGCUGAUCGCACACGGCCUGUGGAUUCAAAAAAAGUCAGAGUUCGUAGUGCGAAGAAAGGUAUACGAGCAUUGCCAUGGCCAUCACCCCCUGUUUUAGAGUUGAUACGGCGUGCCCGUUUAGAGGGCCUUUGUUCAUUGCCUUUUGUGUCCGUGGAUUGGGGUCUCAUUACAGCACUUUUAGAGCGAUGGCGGCCUGAGACACACACGUUUCACUUGCGGCCCGGUGAGUCCACAAUCACGCUACAAGAUGUUGAGGUUUUGUUAGGCAUUCCAGUUGACGGUAAACCUGUGACUGGAAAUACAAAUUUGAAGCCUAAUGAUUUAUGUAGGCAUCUAUUGGGGGAACAACCUACAGAAGAGUCGGACAUAAACGGGAUGAAGGUCAAGGCUAGCUGGUUAAGUGAUAGGUUCACUGGCCAAGUAGAGGAAGGGGCAGACCCAGAGGUUGUUGCGCGCCAGGCGCGCGGCUACUUGUUGUUGCUUAUGGGGGAGACUAUAUUUGCUGACCACUCAGGGGGAUAUGUGCACUUCGCUAACCUAGAACGUUUGGAGAACUUUGAUGAAGCUGGGACGUACAGUUGGGGCAGUGGUGCUCUUGCCAAUCUCUACCAUAACCUAUGCCAUGGUUGUAAGGCUGGCACAAAACAGAUUACUGGUUGCUUCAUACUAUUGCAGGUUUGGGCUUGGGAGCGGUUGCCCUACCUUGCCCCUGGACGAUUAGGGAAACGUGCUCCGAAGGCUGGUGCUCCACUUAUUGGACGGUGGGACGAUAUAUUUCAUUCCCCUGACUUGGCGACCCAUCUCGUAGGCUCUUACAGGUACCACCUUGACAUCCAGAGACCGGAUGAGGUCAUUUGGACCCCAUACAGUGAGGAGCUCCUUGAGUCUCUACCAGAAUAUUGUCGGGCUGGCAGAGCUGUUUGGCGGGCUACUGUUCCCCUAAUUUACUAUGCUACUUGUCAAUAUCACCAGCCCGAGCGAGUCAUGCGCCAAUUUGGUUUCCGCCAAUGCAUCCCACCACCGUCUCGCUCUUUAGAUCCGCCGCACGGCAAAACCCUUCAAAGUGGUGCGUUAGAUUGGGCCUUGAAGUACCGGACAAUUAUAGAAGUUUGGAAUAAUAGACUUAAUCUAGUUGUACCGCCGGGUGAUAUCGACUUAGUUGAAUACCCCUUCGACGACCCUUACGUGACUUGGUAUGACAGGAUUACCAGGCGUUGUAUUAGCCGUGUUGGUUGUGGCGUAGAUGGAGUGGUAAGAACAAUUAACUUCAACUUUAUCCUUUCCAUAUGUACGUCACUACGAAAUUCAUCACAUAACAUGGUAGAGCCAUUUGAAGUGGCGCUAUUCUUAUGGAGUAGCGCCACUUAA